UGACAGAAUAGACGAUUACUUGGAAGAUGGCUGGGAAACCCAGACUGCAUUAUGUCAACGGAAGAGGGAGAAUGGAAUCCAUCCGCUGGCUACUUGCAGCUGCUGGAGUUGAGUUUGAAGAAGAAUUUGUAGAAACAACAGAAGAUUUGGAAAAAUUGCGCAGUGAUGGAGUCCUGCUUUUUCAGCAAGUGCCCAUGGUGGAAAUUGAUGGGAUGAAGAUAGUGCAGACACGAGCCAUUCUCAACUACAUAGCAGAAAAACACAACCUUUAUGGGAAGGAUCUGAAGGAGAGGACACUGAUCAACAUGUAUGUGGAAGGAACAACUGAUCUGAUGCAUAUGAUUAUAAUGCUAAUAUUCCAGACCCCUGAAGGAAAAGCAAAGGAAAUUGGCCAUAUCAUUGAUAAGGCCACAACCAGAUACUUCCCAGUUUUUGAAAAGGUUUUAAAAGACCAUGGACAAGAUUUCCUUGUUGGUAACCAGUUUAGCUGGGCAGAUGUACAUCUGCUUGAAGCCAUUCUGAUGACAGAGGAGCUGAGGUCUGAUGUUCUUGCCAAAUUUCCCCUGCUACAGGCCUUCAAAACAAGAAUAAGCAAUAUCCCCACCAUUAAGAAAUUCUUGCAGCCUGGCAGCCAGAGAAAACCCCCUGAAGAUGAUGAGUUUGGUGCAAAGGUCAAGAAAAUCUUCAACCUCUGA